CUUUUUUCUAGAAAGGGUGUUUUGCUGGAGAAUUCCAAAUGUUGAAUAAAAAUACAUUUAUCUGCAGGGUGGAGGUGGAAUUUAUGUUCUCCUAUGGAAACUUUGGUUAUGGAUUUUCACAUCAGUUAAAACCUCUUCAGAAAAUUAUUAAGCCAUCUAUGUUUAUGGAUAUUGCACCACCUCCAGAAAGAACAGACCCUGUGACAAAUGUUAUUAUACCACAGCCAAUAGCAUAUCCAGCAUUCUUAUCCCCAGACCUGAACGUUACUGUUGGGAUGCCAACCACAACAUCCCAGUCCAACCAGCCAUCUGUCGUGCAACUUGAAAAACUUCAGCAACAACCCCGGGAAAGGCUGGAAAAAAUGAAAAAAGAAUAUAGACAUCUAAGUACAUGGGCAGAAAAAGCUAGCUAUUUAGAAGGACUUCUUACCCCAGGAUUAGAACCUAAAGAACCUAAGGAAAGUAAUAUCAAUGAGGUACUAGAAAGCCAAUUGGAAGAGAGACCUACAGAUACUGUAACAUCAGGUAUCUCUCUAAUAAAGGAGCAAGCUGAAACUAUUCUAAGUGAGUUACUGGAUAAUGAUAAUGAUGAUGAUAAGAAAGGCCUGACUCUACCAGCUUUGAACCAGUCAAGUAAAGAUGAUUCAAGUAUUGUUGCUCCUAAAACUGAUGUGCCAUCAAAGGAAACAGAUACGCCAUUGUCCACUGUUUCUAAGCUGUCAAUAACAGAAGAGGACCAAAUACCACCUUUAGAGGAACACCGGCAAGAAGCCAUGCCAGUGAAAAAAAUGAAAAAUCUCUUCUUUAUACCAGAAGAAAAAUUAAAAGAGAGAUAUCCAGGCCUUUUAAAAACUGACUCAUAUACAUCAGAGAGUUCACCUUGUUGCUGUUGCACAAAGGAAAAUUUAAAUAGACCUUGUAGUUUAGGUAAGUUAUUAUUUGUGUACAUACUU